GAUGCGCAGAACAAGAGAUUGGAAGAAAUAUCAAGAAAGCUUGAAAAGGCUGAAAGAGAUUCCGAGAUGUUAACUCACCAGCUGAGUUUGAGUCUUGAAGAAACCGAGCCACUGAAGAAAGCCAAGGCUGACCUAGAGAGUGUGGUCCAUGAGAAAAACACCGACAUAGAACAUCUACAAGACCGGCUGCGGGCAUCCGAGAGCUUGUGUCGGCAGUAUCAAGCAUUUCGGAAGAAUUCUUUGGAUUUUGAUUCUGAGAGGAAAGCUAUAGGCAAGAAACUUCAGCAGCUGGAAUCAAGCAACAAGAAGCUAGAACAUACAGUAACCAAUCAGAAAAAUGAAAUCCGAACUUGCAAGUUUGAGAGCACGAAGUCAAACAAUCUCAUUAAGAGUCUGGAGCUGAAACUGAACAAGACUGUGGGCAAGUUGGAAGUCUAUUGGGAUAUUCUGAAAGAAAAUGGACUGGUUCCCAAGGGAGAUAAGAGACCAAGUCAGGCAAACAUUGUGGAUGUAGACACUCCCUAUGAAGGAGUAUUUCCAAGAAGUGGCAGGAGACGCCAUAGGUCACGUGUUAUCGACACAGAAGAGGAUUCCAUGCAGGAAGUACCGUUCAGAAGGAUUGAAAAGUCGACGAGACAGUCUGUCAGUUCUGAGUCACCACCAUUGAAUCCAACACAAGAAGAAGGUACAUUAAUUGAAAAAAAUAGAAAACAAACUACUGAAAGCCCUCUGCCAAAUGACUCAAUCAAUGAUGUUAAUGAUGAUGACAACAACGACGAUGAUGAUGAUGAUGAUUUUGAUGCUGUUUCCAUAUCAAGUGAACACUCAUUCAAGUUCACCAUGUCUCCAAUGGUUCAAAUGUUGUCUCCCCUUCCUCCAUCUCCUGCAAGACUGCAGAAUGCUAGUGACGAGUCAAGUAGUGAGAAUGACGACGAAGACACAGAGAUUGUUACAGCUUUUAAUAACGAUUAUCCCAGUGAUGAGGCCAACGAUACUUCUACGCCUGAACUAGAUCCAUGUUUGGAGACUGCUGACAACAACCUGUUUGAUCCUAUACAGUCUACUCCAAUCAAAUCACCUGUUCAAAAUGAGGCAGCCAAUCAGAACAUAAUAAACACAAUACACUCAAGUUUCAAACUACAAGAGGAAAAAGAAUUAUGUGCCAAAAGAUUUGACUGUACUGAUGGUGAUAUUGAUAUGAAUGCAGAUCUAGGUUUAUCUUCUGUUUUAGUUUCUGAAAAGGAAAAUAUUUCCAAGUCUAGCACAGAGGAAGAAAGACUUUUUACAGUUCAUGAAAAUGAAAAUGUUUGCUUGUCAAACAUCAAAAAAGGAAAACUGUCUCUUGGUAAGAAUUGUGUGGGUUCUUCAAACGUUAAUAAAUCUAAUUCUAUUUCUGAAAUGAACAGACAUAAUUCCAAUACAGCUGAUGUGGAGAAUGAUAUUGGCAGCAAAGUGGAAGAUGAAUGUUCAUCAAAAAAUGCCAGUACAAUGUUUCAGCAAAGUUUAGAAAAUAAUGCAUCUGGAACAAAAAAGGAGGAAAAUACAACGAAAUUGAAAAGCACAAAUCCUAACAUCGAUGAUGAAGAUUCAUCUCUGUCCUUUGUGUUCGAGAGUACUAACAAAAACAAUGAAACCACAGCGAAAUCGGAAAAUACUCUCGACUCAAAAUCUGUUGAUUCUACCAAUGAAGUUAAGGUAUGUUCGAAGAAGGAAACGAAACUAGGAAUGAUGUUCAAUGAUUAUGAAAAGAAUAUUGAGAACAAUGCUGAUUUGAACAAUAGAGCAGAAGGAAUGUUUGAGGAUUCUGUAGACAGUGCAAAUGUUCAGUUGUCUGACAAGGAUUCAGAAGAUACGACUGGAUCCAGAACUAAAACAAUCAUUCUUCCAAACAUUAUAAUGAUGAUUUAAGUGAAAACACGAACAACAUCUCUGAAAAUGAGGAAUAUUCACCACACACAACGAAGCAAGAACAAAAUAAGUUUCCAACCAUUGAGCAUUCUGAUAAAGAAAACAAUUACGAUGUCAAGGUUGCUGAUGCCACACCAGAAGGAAAACAAAAAGGGUAUUUGGUUGAGU